AUGGAGGGAAAUGUCAUAGGGCCACGUGUUCGAGAACGAAGAAAAACUUCAAUCAGCAUAGCAAUGUCAACGAUGAAUAAUACACUUCCUAACAAUCAAGGAGACCAUUACAGUUGUUCGGACGAAGUCGUCCCUGAAUCGCUUCAGGGCGAAUCAACAGCUGAACUUAUGGCAGACCUUUCUCUCAGAGAAAAAAAAAUCUGA